AGUUUCUUGAUAGUGGUCAAUAUCUUGUUUUAUGUACUCAAAAGAAACAAACAGAAUUGCUUUCUCAAUUAUUAUAUGUUGAGAUCGAUAUGGCAUUCAAAAGAAUUUAUGGUGCGGCAAAUGAGUGA